UUAUGGUGCCCAGGUUAAGAAAAGCGACCAAAGUAUGUCUUCUUACUAAUUCAUUUGAAUUUGGUUUGCGUUUGUUUGUGACACUCUAGGUCACUAAUAGUGAUUGACAACAUUUAAUUGUGAAAGCAUCAGGCGGAAGUGUGGAGUGACACUGCUUAUCUUAUCGUUAGCAAGCAGUUACUGUAGCAUCAUCCUGAUUAGCCAGCAGCACUACUUAAACGGGCUGUUUCAUCCAUAUUGACAGCACUAUGAAUCAAGAGAAGCUCGCCAAACUCCAGGCUCAAGUCCGGAUAGGUGGAAAGGGAACGGCUCGCAGGAAGAAAAAGGUGGUCCAUAAAACGGCAACAGCCGACGACAAGAAGCUCCAAGGCUCUCUGAAGAAAUUGUCGGUCAACAACAUCGCAGGCAUAGAGGAGGUGAACAUGAUCAAAGAUGACGGAGCAGUCAUCCACUUCAACAACCCAAAAGUGCAGGCGUCUCUGUCGGCCAACACUUUCGCCAUCACGGGCCACGCCGAGACCAAGCAGCUAACGGAGAUGCUGCCCGGCAUCCUCAGCCAGCUGGGGGCCGACAGCCUCAGCAGCCUGCGCAAGCUGGCUGAGCAGUUCCCACGGCAAGCGAUGGAUAUGAAAGCAGUGAAGGAGGAAAUAGCCGAGGAAGAUGACGACGCUGUGCCGGAUCUGGUGGAGAACUUUGAUGAGGCCUCAAAGAACGAAGCCAACUGAUCCUUCCCAUCCUUCUCAUCUGUUGCACGCUCGCGCUUCACAUUAAAAUAGUGUUUCCUUGUGCAGGGAGACACUCGUUUAAAGGUGCAGUUCAUAUCCAUCAUCAUCAUCGUCAUCUUUUGUGAGGGCAUGCACCACUUCAGAAUAAAUUAGGAGGCACUGCAACAACACGCAGAAUCAGUCUGCUGACAGGCUCUUUGUCUACAGUCGGCACCCAAAGGACUGGACAAACUGCUUUGAGAAGACAGUUUUGACAUGCUUCACAUCGCUAAUUAUUUAAGAGAUUCUUUAUGAAAUGGUGGCAAAGAUUCAUUUUACAGGUAGUGGUGAAGAUGGUUUAAUAAAAGAUUUUUUGGGAUAUG